GACUGUUUUCAUGUGACAAUUGCGUACACACAACAGCAACGACAUCAAGUUUAACUUGAAUAGCUUUCCGCUACUGCGCCAAGGUGGAUCGACGCGCACAUACGGGGCGAGGAGAGAUGCACCCAUUUUACGAGCUGGACAUUUUGUUAAGACGUUAGAUGUCCGUAACAAUUUCAAGGUGUGAGGCCGGUGCUGGCGAACUGCGUCACCGCACGCGAGGGUUGCAGGUAGGCAGCACGCUCUCCGUCCCCCAGCAGAGGAACCAUGCUCGUCAUUUUCCGUCAGAAUUGUCACCCGUAGGCGCUUAAAGCAACAACGAAAAAAUAUAUUGAAAUAUUUUUUUUUUCCAAGGAUGGAUUUGGGGGACGAUACGUGCAUGGAUCUGCUGUUGGGAUCCUUGUUUUCCUCCGCACCCAAUUUAGACUCGGACAUAAACGCGAAUUCCCGCAGGCCUGUAUACGAGAACGGGGCAGACCAUCAUGUGAACGUACAGAAUGCGGCUCUGCGAGGGGUAAGUGAUCCCAGCGCGUACCCCUCGUCGGAGUACCGGGGGCUGGUUCGGCAACGGUUCAUCCGCCGGAGUUUGUGGUUCUCCGACGCGGAGGACCAGCCCGCAGACACGGCGGAGAGCGGCAGUGGCAGCCCGGUGCUCACCCACCUGCGGGGCAUCGUUGCCGGCUGUCGGAGCCGGGCCGCGGGCUGCCGGAACCGGGGCACGGAGAGCCGCGGGGAAGGGCUGAAAGACAACGCCAUGAAGGAGGAGAAAGACAGAGGGGUACCGGAACAGAAAGGUGACGCUUUGCCCCCCGACAUGACCGGUAAGGCUGGAAGUGACGAGAACGAGGAAGACGCCGGGAUGAAGGCGGUGUCCACCUCACCUGGGGGGCGUUUUCUCAAGUUUGACAUUGAGCUCGGCAGAGGCUCCUUCAAAACAGUUUAUAAAGGUCUUGACACCGAUACGUGGGUCGAGGUGGUGUGGUGUGAACUCCAGGUCCUCUGUUCUUUCUAAAUUGUUUCAGUGUUGCCGUGGGAAUGGCCAUCCUCUAUUACAGCAGCAACACGGGGGUCACGGGAGACAGCCCGGCUCUUGGUUUGGCUGCUCUGGGUUUGGGCAGAAAAGCUCAAGAAGUUCUCAUAUGGUACACUGAAGAAACCCUUACGCAAUAGUGGGCAUCUUCGUCGCCUGUUCUGCUGCGGCGAUGUUGUUUCUUCUCGAUCCCAAACUGCAGCGCACUGUCGGUUCAGGGGUUUGAAUGCUAAUUUUUAAACAUAACUGUCUAUUAUAUUACUCAUUUGCUUUGCUGAUUUGAGAUAACUAUAAUUAAUCUAAGCUGUGAUCAUUAUGGUCUGCUCAAAUAUGACAUAUUUGAAGAAAACUGCCCCCCCCAUACACACACACACAGCUCCGACUCUUCUUCAUUCAUCCAUCCAUCCAUUAUCCAAACCGCUUAUCCUGCUGUCAGGGUUGCGGGGAUGCUGGAGCCUAUCCCAGCAGUCAUUGGGCGGCAGGGAGACACCCUGGACAGGCCGCCAGGCCAUCACAGGGCACAGGGCAGACGCCUCUUCAUUAAUUCCAUUUUAGACGCUACACUUCUAUACUUCAGACAGCUUUUGGCCAAAAAUGACUGCCCUCUCUUGGCCAGUAAAAGUACUGACGUUCCUCGCCUCACAAGCAUGUUAGUUUACCCUGCAUCGAUUUCAUAACACGUCUCCUAAUUUCCACGUUUCGAACUUCGAUGAGCGAAUCUGUUUGACAUCUAAAAAGUCGAAAGAUGUUAACUUAAUAGUAUGACUUGAUAACGUUAUAGACGUGCUCAUAGCUGCAUGUGAUUGGUCAAAUCGAGUAAAAGGCAAGAGUGGCGAUGUGCAUUGUAUUUGUUGUUUCUACCUUUUGUGCCAAUUAAGUAAAACUCAUAGAUACAAAGUCUGAGAAAUGGUGAUGCACUACAAACAAAUUCACACCAGCGAUGGAAAUUAAAGGAGCAUACCGCUGUGGAAUCUUUUUUACUGACUGAAACACAAUAUUAUGCAUUGUGUGCAUCUGGUAUCAAAAUGACAAACAUUUGCAUUUUGGAAUUAUUAGUACAAAUGUGUAAAGGUAAAAAUGGCUUUUGAGCAUAACUGCACUGCUGGUUGCACAAUUCCUCGUUACAUUUGUACUGGAUCUCUGUUCACAGGUAUUCUUCAGGUCUUCUGAAAAGCCAUUUAACUAAGCCUCUAUAUAAAGCUUUAUGUAA